CCGCUCCCACGCGUCGAAGGGAGCGGCCUUGCGUGGGACCCAGACAAGUGACCGUUGCAUAAAGGGGAAAAAACGCGCCAAUGGUACAGCUAUGGGCCGCUAUAUAAAGGGGAGCUGUAGAGGUCCUGUCAUCCCAUAGUGACUCUACGCUUAACAAGCUCAAGAUGAAGUUCCUGAUCGUGAGUGUCCUGGUGGCGGUGGUGGCGGGGCUCAGCAACGCGGGGACGGUCCAGAGGCUAGGCAUGUUCCGGGACUCCAGCCUCGGCUCGUGCCCCAACAUCACCAAUAAAGAGGACCUGGAAGUCGUGCCGUACCUGGGCGCCUGGUAUGAGAUCGAGAGAUUCGACAUCAUCUGGCAGCUGGGCAUGGACUGCGUGGAGGCCAUCUACUCCGACAUCGGCGGCGGUUGGGUGGAGGUGCACAACGUGGCCCGUAAACCGAGCGGCGAGUUCACGGAGAUCAUCGGCAACGCCACCGUCAUUGCCCCCGGAGUGCUCUACGUCAUCUUUGCAGGACACGUUCCCGCUGAGUAUCACGUUCUGGACACCGACUACACCACCUUCUCUUCUGUCUACAAUUGCUUCGAAACCGGACCUGAGCGGUUCCAGUACGCGUGGAUCCUUUCCCGCACCACCACCCUAGACGAUGCCACCUACGACCGCGCCCGCCAAGCCUUUGCUGACAACAACAUCGACCUGAGCCUCUUCCACCCCACAUACCAGGGCGACGACUGUCCUUACCUUGGGACUCAGUAAAAAUGAGAAGCAUGCGCUAGAAGAGCAGCCACUGCUUUCCGCUUCUGCGGUGCCAAGAUCUUGUGAUGCUGGGUUCUCAAACUUGCGGUCAUCACUGUGCCAGCAUCGUCAGACUCGCUCAAGAGGGCACUUUUUAGUUUUCUUGUUCAAAUUAUUAGUUUAAGACAGAAAUGUGUAAUCUAUUUAUCAUUAUAUUUAAAACUAUUUAUCAAUAAAGAGUUGAGAUUUU